AUGUUCGGUUUAAUGAAUCGAGAGUCGUGCCAAGAUGAAUACGGUCCAUUAGAAAACUAUCACAAACUAUACAAAAUUGGCAGUGGCACCUUUGGCGACAUUUUCAUAGUGGAGAAUAUCAAGAAUCGUAAGCGCUUCGCACUUAAACUGGAGCAGAAAGCAAUUCGUCUAUCGCAGCUGCAUUUCGAGUUUAUGGUGUAUAGGAAUCUGGCACCAUAUCACGGCAUACCACGAGUGUAUAGCUUCUUUUCCAAGCCCAAAUUCAAUGCGAUGCUUAUGGACAUGCAGGGGCCUUCGCUGGAGUGUCUAUUUGUGCUUUGUAAAAAUCGCUUUACCAUGAAGACCGUGCUAAUGCUGGCUGUACACGUGCUCCACCAUUUGGAGUACAUUCAUUCGAAAGGCUAUUUGCAUCGCGACAUCAAGCCCGAUAAUUUUCUGAUAGACGUGGAUAACAAUAUGAAUCAGCUGUACAUCAUAGAUUUUGGACUGUCUAAGCGUUAUUAUGAUGUGUCGCAGAUGAAGCAUAUACCAUUUAAGGUCGGAUGCAACAUGACCGGCACGGCACGCUUCGCUUCGAUAAAUGCGCUGCGUGGCCAUGAGCUAUCGCGUCGUGACGACAUGGAGUCCUUGGGCUAUAUGCUACUCUACUUUCUGAACGGCAGUCUGCCCUGGCAGGGCUUGAUGCAAAGGUGCACGCAGGACAACAAGUACGAGAUUAUGGCGGAAACGAAAGAGUCACUGUCACCAAUGCAGCUAUUCCAGGGCCAUCCAAAAGAGUUUUCCUUGUAUUUACAGCAAUGUCGCGAGCUGCCAUUCGAUGCCAAGCCCGCCUACGAGACCAUGCGAUCUAUGUUUUGCAAUUUGUUCAAAAACCUGAAGUAUGUUAACGACAAUAUUUUCGAUUGGGAUGAGCAAAAAAAACCAUAA